AUGUCGACACAAGCUCAGGACAAGGCCGAGCCCACCCAACAGCCACAACAACAAAAGCCCCCCGUAUUGGAGGAAGACGACGAAUUUGAGGACUUCCCUGUUGAAGACUGGCCCCAAGAAGAAACCGAGCAAGCCGCGAACGGCACGAAUGUUCACCUGUGGGAGGAGAGCUGGGACGACGACGAUGCGGCGGAGGACUUUUCGAAACAGCUAAAGUGCGGUUGCUCCCCUUCUUCCUCUGACGCCUACGCAACACUAACGUAUUUCUCUUCGUGCUACAGAGAGGAACUGGAAAAGGUCGAGGCAUCUCACUAA